AUGGCAAAUGGACCAAUACAAAGGCUAAAUGACGAUUGCCUUUUUCACAUUUUCCAGUAUCUUUCUAUUGUGGACAGAAUAAAAUUAGAAAGAGUUUGCAAGCGAUGGCAAGCAGUAAGUUUAGAGUCAUGGCGAACAUUUAAAAAAUUCGAUCUCUCACGCACAACUUGGGGUCUGCCAGCAACCGACAAAUUUUCCUACAUUGACACCCACGUUCUGAAAAAAGUUUUGACCCGCUGCGGUCGUUUUCUUCUCGAUUUCGAUAUCUGCAAACCUUUCAACGAGGAUGGAACAAUCAGCAGAAAAGACCAAACCAAACUCCACAUUAUCGGGGCAACCGGUAACGUUUUAAGCAUCAUUGAAGCUACGUGUCCCAAUCUCGAAACAAUUUACAUUUCCGAUCCUUGUGUCAAUUUGCUGGGUCUGCAUUCUCUGGUUUCCAGAUGCCAGAAUAUUUCCAAAUUCUGUCUGGUUUCCAAAAAAUGGAUCUGGUACGAGGAAGAUUUGGGGAACAUUUUUUCCUCUUUGAAUAAACUCAAGUACUUGAAAAUUAGCUGCAAUAAUAUCACUGGAAAAUGUUUGUCGCAAUUGCCAGACGAUAUUGAGGAAAUUCAUCUCAUGAGAAUGGUUCAUUCUUCCUGUCGUCAUGUUUCUGAUGCAAUCAACAAAUUCGGGAAUCUAAAAUCUCUCACAAUCGACGCCUAUCCUUACAUCGAAUCAGAUUUGCUCAAAUCAAUCGCUUCUCACAGCGAAACUUUGAGGAAUUUAAGAUUGAGUGGGUACGUUGGAAUUGAUCGGAUGACGGAACCGGAAAUCAGAGUACUGUCUAAAUUCGAAAAUUUGGAGGUUCUCGAUUUUCGAUCUAAUUGCUACAUCACCAACGAAGCUCUCGCUGCACUUGCGACUUCUUGCAAGAAAGUUAACUACAUCAACAUCAGCUAUUGCUUCGAUAUCUCGGAGAAGGGAAUAUUCCACCUUGCCUCAAAAAUGGAACUAGAAAAUCUCAUAGCCAACGGAUUGACAAAAAUAACCGGCGAGAAUUUUGGAAAAAUGUACAGCCUGAAAAAUCUUGAGUGCCGAAAUUGUCACAGACUCAAGGAAGAGAAUCUUUGCAAUUUAAUUCGAGGCGCACCAGAUCUUGAAUUACUCGAUAUUUCCUGGAAUAAAUUGAAUGUCAAUAAUAUAAUUUAUGUGGCUGACGAGGCUACAAAAAGGCGGACAAAUUUAAUUUUAAAAUUGUUCGUUGGUCACACGAAUAGGAAAACAAUCGAGAUUUCGAGCCCUUUUUUAAAUGUAAUCGACUCUUCAAGUGACGAAUCGUGUCGAGAAAUCCUUAACAGUAUUUAAUUUACUAGAAUAUUGUGCGCACACUAAUCAUCCUUUCAAAAAAAAAUCGGUUUAUUUCCAAAAAUUUUGUCCAGCGACUUUGAAAAUCUUGAAAACUUCGAAUU